UUCAUACAGCAGCCAAACCUCUCCAUACACUCCUUCUAGUCUUUCAUCCACCCAUCCCUCCUUCCACUCUUUCAUAUUCUGUCUCUCUAAAGUUCACCCUGGCACCCGGCACCAUUCCGUCUAAAGGGGAGGAGGACUUUCUGACCCUGGCCUCCUCUCGUCUCAGCCGCUGGAAGUGUGUCAUCGGAGCCGCCGUGGGCGUGGCCAUGGUCCUACUCCUCCUGAUCGCCAUCCCCCUAUUGGUCCACACCACCAAAGGGGGAGGAGCUAACCCAGGAAGUGGCGGAGGGGGGACCCAUUAUGAGAUGCUGGGGAGCUGCAGAAUGGUCUGUGACCCAUAUAGUACUGCCCAACCAGGCCAGGAGCUGACAGCCGUGUCCCCCCAACCGGACUACCCUGGGCGGAAGAAAACGGGGUACAGCGGGGUCCCUGGGAUCUCUGGUCCUCCAGGCGCCCGAGGGCCCCCUGGGGAACCAGGCAAGCCAGGCCCACAGGGGCCUCCCGGCCCUGGACCUAAUGGUUACGUCCCCUCCUUCUACAGCCCCAAGAUUGCCUUCUAUGCAGGGCUAAGGAAACAGCACGAGGGCAGCGAGGUGUUGAAGUUUGAUGAUGAGGUGACCAAUGUAGGGAACUACUAUGAGCCUAGUACUGGGAAGUUCACCUGUCCUCUACCAGGUAUCUACUACUUCACCUACCAUGUUCUGAUGAGGGGCGGAGAUGGGACCAGCAUGUGGGCCGACCUGAAGAAGAAUGGACAGGUGAAGGCCAGUGCCAUUGCCCAGGAUGCGGACCAGAACUACGACUAUGCGUCCAACAGUGUGAUCCUGCAUCUAGACGUGGGGGACGAGGUGUGUGUACAGCUGGACGGGGGGAAGGUCCAUGGAGGAAACACCAACAAAUACAGCACCUUCUCUGGGUUCCUCAUCUACCCCGACUGACCCUGAUCGACUGUCCCUGCUUUAUGAUAAUCCCACCCACAAACACACUGAACGGAUGAAAGGACAUGAGUGUAGGGUUUUUCAAAUGAAGAAGUGUUUCAUGGGUGUGUUGAGUGUUAUUAAACCAAUCAUGACCAAGUGCAUUUAUUGACCCCUUGUGUGUGUGUGAAAAUAUGGAUAUCACAACAUGUACAGAAUAGGUGCAUAAGGUUGCAUUGAGAAAUAUACAGCAUAUGCCAUAUGUUCCGUCUACUAACAUUGUGAGUUGUACAUACAGUCCUAUCCAUGCAUUCAGCAUUUAGAGCGUGACCAAGGUUGUGAGUGUGUGAAUCAAGACCAGGUUAGCACACUGAGCUAGAGCCAAGGCAUUAGCUCCGGGAGCUAUCACAGUUUUCCAAAAUUCUCAACUUCACUACAUUUCACCCCCCUCUAACCCAGUGGACAGUUCAGUCUAAGAUCGCUUGGAUAGCUCCCAAUAACAUCCCCCAGCUGUUUAAAAAAUAACAGUCCCCUGCUGUUUCUAAAUAAAAGUCCCCCGCUGUUUCAAAAUAAAAGUCCCCCACUGUUUCAAAAUAAAUUCCCCUGUCGGUUCAAAGUACAGUAUGAUCCCUGUUGUUGUCACACCCUGAUCGGUUUCACCUGUCUUUGUGCUUGUCUCCACCCCCCUCCAGGUGUCGCCCAUCUU